AUGUCGAUGGAAACCCUCACUCCGGUGCUGCAGUACCGGGCGCGGUGUCGGGAGCUGGAGCAGCAGCUGGCGGCGGCAGGGGUGGGUGUGCAGGGAUCCCUUCCAGGCGGGUGGGAGGCUGCAGAAGACCACAGCCUGGAGAAGGCACUACUUCAGGUGGAAGAGGAGCAGCAAAGGUGCGAGAAUCUGGCAGAAGUGAACGCUCUCCUGCGGGAGCACCUCAAUAAAGCGAAUGAGGUUAAUUCAGCCCUGAAAGAAGAUGUUGGAAAACUGACGGCGGACUGGAUGCGGGCCCGGGAGGAGCUGGAAUUGAAGGCACGUGAAUGGCGCAACGAGCAUGAGCUUUAUGACAGCUACAUCAGGGGUGAACAUAACCGUCUGCUCAGCCUCUGGCGUCAGGUGGUAACCUUCCGCCGUCAUUUCCUGGAAAUGAAGACUGCCACUGACCGAGAUUUGUCAGAGCUGAAGGCAGAGCAGAUGAGAGUUUCUGGAUCCAUACUUGUAAGCUGCUCCCGCCUGAGCUCUGCUGUGCAGCUCUGGGCGUCCAUCACUGCGGGCAGACCUGUCCUGAAGGACGAGGCACAGCCACAAGCGGAACAGGACAGAAGCCAGAAGACUCAGGAAGUGAUGUGCUUAGAAGUCAAGGAGGACCAGGAGAAGAAGGAGCUUCAAGACAGGGUGGUGGAGCUCUCAGCCUUGCUUGUACAGUCUCAGAAGCAGAACGAGGAGAAGGAGAAGACCAUGAAAACACUUAGCGAUGCUGUGGAGAUUCUAGAAGCAAGUCGGUUAGAGAAAGAAUAUGAAGCUUCAUUGACUAAAAGUGCCAAGGAAGAGAAUCUUUUGCUCCAAAAGCUGAUACAAGAUAUAACUGAGGUGGUGUUAGAUGACAGUGACAGCACGGUCAGCGUUAUCUGCACCGACAGUUCCCAGCCUGCAGAGUGUAGCAACAUCCUCUCUUGUCUGAGCUCCGUUGAUGCAGAGCGUGCCUUGGCAUUGGUUCAGGAAGCACUGGCAAGGAGGCGAGGAGCAGCCCAGCCAGCUUUUGCCUUCAGGCGGGAUGCAAUCGAUUUCCUGAUGCACCAGCACAGGGAGCAAGAAGAGAAGUGCAGGAAGCUGCAGCAAAGGCUGGAGCAACUGGAGGAGGAAUGCAAGACAUCCAGCAGCCACCAGCAGCACCUCCAAUCUCUGGUAGAAGCACUCAGAAGCGACUGUGCAAACCUUGAGAAAACCAGGGAAGAGCUACAGCAACAGCUUGAAGUAACGGAGCAAGAAGCCUCGCGUCUGCGUCAAAGUAACACUGAACUGCAGCUGAAGGAAGAUUCAGCCCAGGGGGAGAAGGUGGAGCAGCAGCAGACAAUGGAGAGAGCACGUCGUGACCAGGAGCUCCUACUGAAGGACCUAGCUGCACUUGAAGGAAAACAUUCGUUAUUACAGAGUGAGUUGGUAGUCACGAGAGAGACACUGGAGGAAUCACACCUUCAGAGGGAUCUGCUGAAGCAGGAGAAACAUGAGCUUACCGUGGCACUGGAGAAGGCAGAGCAGUCCGUAGCAGAGGUGACAGGGGCUCAGAGUAAGCUGAGUGCUGAAAUAGCUGAUCUACGGCUUGCAACAGCAAACAUGAGCAGCAUCAACAAAGCUCUUGCAUUGGAUAAGGUGCAACUGAACAAACUCCUGCUGCAGCUGGAGCACGAGAAUGAAGUUCUGUUAGGUAAAGUGACCGAGAUGGAGAGAGCAAGGAUGUCUGACCAGGAGAAGCUGAACUUGUGUAACAGAACCAAUGCAGAGCUCUGCGCAGAGAAAGCCCACCUGGAGCGGCUGCUGAAGAAAGCAGAGGAGCAACAGGAGGGGCUGCGCGUGGAGCUGACGAUACUGGCAGAGGAAAAGGCAGAAACCCAAGAGAAACUCAGUCAGGUUCACCGCCAGCAAGAGUCAGCCAGCAGUGCUCUGGAGCAGUUGCGCCAGGAGGCCUCUCGCCAAGGGCACGCACUGGCCAAGGUGUCCAAGGAGAGGGAGGUGUUGGUGCAUGAGAAGGCUGCCCUGGAGGUGCGACUGGCAGGGCGGGACAGGCAAGGCCUUGCCGAGCAGCUGACAGAGGCCAGGUCAGUGAAGGAGACCCUGGAAUCCAGCCUGUUUGAGGCUCAGCAGCACCUAUCUCAGCUGGAGAUCGCCAGGAGUCAGCUUGAAAUCCAUCUUCACACGGUCACACAGGCCAAGGAGGUGAUACAAGGGGAAGUGAAGUGCCUUCAAUGUGAGCUGGAAGCAGAGAGAUCUCUCAUGAAGCAGGAACGGGAAAACAUGGCGCAGCAGCUCUUGCAGACGGAACAGCAGUAUAACGAUACCCUCAAACUUCUCGAAACUGAUCAUGAAGUGGAAAUAAACAAGCUCCUGCAAGACCUGGCAAGCGAGCGGGAAGGACACCAUUCAGAGCUGCAGGAGAUGCUGGAGCAAUGGGAAAAGGAGAAGGCAGAGACAGAAGGGGAGCACGAGAAGCACCUGUUUGAUAUGGAGCAGAAAGUUGCUACCAUGCAAGCUCGACAAGAAGAGGAACGAACCAGAGUUGAAAAUGCCAAGCAAGAGGUCCUGCUAGAAAAGGAGAGCGAGAAGAAUGCUUUAUUAGAGACGCUACUCCAGACUCAGGGAGAGCUAAGAGAAGCCUGCCAGCAGCUAGAGCAGCUCAGGCAGGAGGUGAAAGAGCAGCAAGAAAACGGGCAGAACACCACAGAAAGGCUUCAAACAGAGCUGCAGGAAACUCAGGGUAAGAUCAAGGCAGAGGAGAAGAGGCACAAAGAAGAAAUCAAAACCAUCAAAGAGGAAAUGAAUAUCCUUCUUCAGCAGAGAGAUGCUCUACAAAAACAGGUGGAAGAGUUGAUGUCUCAGCUGGCAGCCUCCGAAGAGUCCCAGCAAGUGAUUCGCCGCAAAGCUCAGCAAGAUCUGAGUGAAGCACAGGAACUGUCAAGGCAGAAGGUGCUGGAGGUUGUGCACCUCCAGAAGAUCCUGGAGGAGAAGAGGAGUCAAUGGGAGGAGGUAGAACAUCAGAACAAGGAGCUGCAAGUGUGUCUGCAGUCUUUGGAGGGGGAGAGGAGUCGACGGGAAGAAGUGGAGCAUCACAACAGCGAAUUUCAGGCUUCAUUGAAGGUCCUAGAGAGUGAAAAAGCAAGGCUGACUCUGUCUCUGGAAGAGAAGGAACUGAGCCUCAGAACCCUGGAAGAAGACAACCUUGCCCAGCACAACGAGGUGUCUCAGCUUCUUUCUGCUAUUCACCAAGCCCAGCAGCUCCAUUCAGACCACAGAAGAGAAAUACAAGAGCUCAACAACCAGAUACAGUCACUGCAGGACAUAGUGCUGGAGAAGGAGGCUGGCCUGGCAACUCGAGAGAAGCAGCUGCUGCAGGAUCUGGAGGAGUCCCGAGCAGGCGAACGGUGCUCAAGGGACUCUUUGCACAUGCUGGAGGCUGAGAUGUCUCAACUGCGUUUGAGGCUUUGUAGCACAGAGAACAGAGCGAAGGCAUUGGCCACAGAGUGCCAGCAGGCGAACAGUGCCCACUGCGAAGCCCGAUCCCAGCUGGAUGAGCUGCACGUGGUUCUCCACCGCGUGAUCUGUGACAGCAGAGACUUAGUCCCAUGGAGUUCAGAACAGGGUCAUGUCUGGGGCCUGACUGUUUCUCAGGCCAGGGACCUCCCUGCAGAGCUCACAGUGGACAGAGUGGCAGCAGCCCUGCAAGACCUGUGUCAGCACCUGAAGCAGAUUCAGCAAGAUCUGAAUGAUGCGAGGAAGAAGAUACAGGACUUGGAGCAGGAGCUGAGCAGGAGGCAAGCUGAGAGGGAUCAUUUCAGUGCCCACAAUCAAGAGCUGCAGAAACAGUUGGCUAAAAACCACCAGGAAGAGACAGAGAUGGCAGAACGCAUGAAGAACUCUCAAGCUGCCUUGCAGGAAGAGGCCGCUGCUCUAAAGGAGGAAGCUAUGGCUCUGCAUCAGGAGGUGGCAUCUUUGGAAAGGAAACUCGAGAGCACUGAGAAGCAAAGAAGGGAUGUCCUGCAUGAACGGGACAGACUGCAAGCACUUAAAGAAGAACUGGUAUGGGAGAUAAAACUUCUUCAGGAAUCAGUCACAGCCUCUGAAACCCGAGCAAACACAGCUACAGAUACGAAACACGCCCUUGAACAAGAGCUCCAAACUACACUGUCUAUCUUAAAAAUUAAAAAUGAGGAAGUGGAAACACAGAAGAAGAAAAAUCAGAAAGAAGCAGCAGAGGUAAAAGCUUUGCAGCAGAAUCUCACUCAUAUGACUGCCAUCAUGUCACAGAGGGAGGGAGAAAUUAAGUUAUACCAGGAUCGCAUGAGAAUGCUGGAAAAGCAGAAAGAAAUGCAUAAAACUGCUCUUGAUCAGGUUAUAAAGGACAUGACAGAGAAAAACCAGAAGACAGAAUCCCAGCAAGAACACAUACAGGAGCUGGAGAAGCAGCAAGAAAAACAAAGGAUUGCUGUAAGCAAAAUGAAUAAAGACCUGGAAGACAGAGAUCUCGAGAUCCGAUCCCAGCAAGAAGAGAUACGGGAGCUGGAGACGCAGCGAGAAGCGCAGAGGGCUGCGGUGAGCAGGAUGAGCAAGGAACUGGAGGAGAGAGACCAGGAGAUCCGAUCCCAGCAAGAAGAGAUACGGGAGCUGGAGAAGCAGCGAGAAGUGCAGGGGACUGCGGUGAGCAGGAUGAGCAAGGAGCUGGAGGAGAGAGACCAGGAGAUCCAAUCCCAGCAAGAGGAGAUACGGGAGCUGGAGAAGCAGCGAGAAGUGCAGAGGUCUGAGGUGAGCAGGAUGAGCAUGGACCUGGAGGAGAGAGACCUGGAGAUCCGAUCCCAGCAAGAAGAGAUACGGGAGCUGGAGAAGCAGCGAGAAGUGCAGGGGACUGCGGUGAGCAGGAUGAGCAAGGAGCUGGAGGAGAGAGACCAGGAGAUCCGAUCCCAGCAAGAAGAGAUACGGGAGCUGGAGAAGCAGCGAGAAGUGCAGGGGACUGCGGUGAGCAGGAUGAGCAAGGAGCUGGAGGAGAGAGACCAGGAGAUCAAAUUCCAGAAGGAGAAAAUACAGAUUCUAGAGCAACAUGGUACCUCACAAGUGAGAAAUAUGCUUGUGGAUCUUGAUCAUGUGAAUGGAGACUUGAAGGAGAAAAAUGCAGAGCUUGUGUCUCUGACUCAGUAUAUCCAAGAACUGGAAAAGGAGAGAGAACAGGUGAAAUCUCUUCACACAAGCCUUGAACACCUGAGGGCAGUUCUUAAGGACAGAGAGAGUGAGUGUGAUUCCCAGAGGAAUCAGUUGAGGCUCUUGCAGCAGUCCAAGGAACAGCACGAGGGCCACUUGCAAGAGCUUCUUGGUAAAGUAGAAAAGAUGACACUUUCUUUAUCUAAAAAAGAUCGAGAGCUUGAGUCACAGCAAAAGCAAAUCCAGGAAGCUGAAAAAGUCAUGGAAAUGCAGGUAAGGACUGUCCAUGACCAACUGGAGCAGACCUUAGAAACCUUAAAAGAAAAGGACAGACUGAUAGACAUCCAAAAGCAACAAGCACGGAACUAUGAGGAGCAAACAGAAGAACGAAUGGAUGCCUUGCAUAGAGACUUAGAAUACACUAAGGCAGUACUGAAAGAAAAGGAUUUCAUGAUUGAAUCUCAGAAGGAAGUGAUUGAGACCUUUCAAAAACAAGAACAAGACUCUGAACAGCAGAAGGAAAUUCUGCAGCAUCUUCAAGUGGCCCUAAAGGAACAAGAGCAAGAAAUUUUAUCCCUUAGAAAGCAAUGCGAGGCAUACAAGGAAAAGGAGGAAAAGCAUGAAGCUACGCAAAUCAAUCUUCAAGCUACAAAACUGACUCUGAAAGAAAGAGAAAGAAAGAUAGAGGUUCUGGAGGAGGCUAUCUCUAAGCUUCAACAGCAAAAGGAUGAGGCAGCAAUGCAGACUAAAGCCACACUGCAAAAACUAGAAUGUGCUGAGUCUUUGCUACAAACUAGAGAUCAAGAGAUAGUGUCUUUGCAAGAGCACAUCCAGGGCCUUCGAGAGCAGAAGGAGUUAGAAGGCAAGCAGGUCAAGAGUCUGCAACAGGAUCUAGACAAAAUGAGCCAAACAGUGAAGAACCACCGUUUCGAGUUCCUCAGGCAGGCAGAGCAAAUUAACAUGUUCCAGCUUCGUGAAGAAAGCAUGAAAGUAACACUAACAUUAUGCCAGAAGCAAGUGAAUCAGCUGGAGGAAGUGGUGAGGAAGAGAGAUGAAGACAAUGAAACUCUCAUGGAGAAACUCCAGUGCCAAGAAGAAGAACUGAAGACCUUGCAGAAUCUCCAGAUUAGUCUAACCAAGAAGAACGAAGAGGUUAGACACCACAGAGAGCAAGAGAAACUCCUGGAAGAAGACUUGCCAGAGCGGAAACAAGAGACCAAGGCUCAAGGUGAGCAAAAAGAGUUAGAAGAGGAAAUCAGAGGUCUUCGGGAAGAUCUCCAGCAUGUUCAGCAGACUCUGACAAAGAAGGAUGAAGAGAUCAAGGACCAGAGAGACAGAGUCAGAUAUUUAGAGAAGACUCUGACAGGGAGAGAACAAGAGCUUAGGAGGCAGAGUGAACUCCUGAGACAAUUAACAUCAACUUUGCGAUGGAAAGAUGAAGGGGAGGCCCUAAAGAAACAAAUCCAGAAACUCCAAAAAUGGGAGGAAGAGGAAGCAGAGAAGAGGAAAGUUCUCCAGGAGAGAGACCAUCUCUUGAAAAGGCAGAAGGAGCUAACCCAGCAACUGGAAGAUGAGCGGAAAGCAAAGGGGGAAGAAUUGGAGCAUGUGAUUGCUGUUUUGAAGCAUACUGAAAGCAGAGAAGUCACAUGGAAGGAGAAGGCACAAGCACUGACUCUUGCCCUUACCGAGAGUGAAACGGCCAACGGGACUCUGAGGGAAGAAAUAGCCAUCCUGCAGAGUAUGGUUUCAGAGAGGGACAAGGACCGGUUUCAUCUUCAGCAGGCUCUUGCGGAAGGGGAGCAGCUGUCGUGGCUCUCGGAGAAGAGACUUCUGUUGCAGCGGCUGGAACGUCUGCAGCAAGCAGUUGCAAGGCUGGAACUUGACAAGAGUGAGCUGAAGCAAUUCAAUGCUGAGCUCAGGAGGACUCUUGAGCAGGUGGAACGUGAGCGGAGGAGGCUGAAGAGAGACUGUGGUGGUCGGUCGCUGCCGGAUGCAAGCGGAUUUUCUCUGUCCAAGUCUGACCAGCACAAGAUGCCUACUUCUAGACAGGAGGAGUCUCACGCGUGCUGCAGUCGUCAACUGGCUGAGUUACAGAACCAGGUGUCACUUCUGCAGACGCAGCUGGCACAAGAACGAAAAUACAAGCAGGAGUACAUUGAGCGCUGCACAAAGACCAGCCAGGAGCUGUCGGACCUUCACCAAGAGCUGUCUCACUCCUUGGCAGCGGUGGUCAGGGAGCCCAAAGCUGCUGUUCUGGAGGCAGAGACUCGGAAGCUGGAUCGGUCUCUGAACCUUAACUUGGCACUAACAUCUCUGGAGCAUCAGUCUCCUGAGAGACAGCCGUUGCAUUCAACAGCCAGAUCCGCCAGAAGCGAUGGCCUGAGGUAG